AUGCAGUCCCCGCCCGCGUCUCCGCCCAAGAGCAGCAGCGCGUCCCCCACCAAGAACGAGUUCCUCUACAAGGUGAUCGUCAUCGGCACGAAGGCGGUGGGAAAGACCAACCUGCUCUCCGUUGCGGCCCGUGGUGAUCAGUUUGACGAGCGCAGUCCGCCAACACUUCAACCCGAGUUCGUCACAGUCAAAGUGCAGCGCCCAGACUGGAAAUUCGGCGAGCCCAACCAAUUCAUUCGCGCGCAGGUGUGGGAUACGGCAGGCCAGGAGAGGUUCCAGGCCAUCUCCAGCUCUCACUACAGACGUGCAAACGGCGCGCUCAUCGUGUACGACGUGAGUGAGAAGAGCACCUUCAAGGACAUUUGGCCAGGCGAGAACGGGUGCCAGUGGCUGACCGCGCUCAAGAACAACUCGGAUCCGUCACUGCUCGCAGCGGUCAUCCUCGUGGGGAACAAGGUCGAUAAGCUCAAGGAGCGGUCGACCGUCUUCAAGGACCCCAAGGACGGACUCGGCUGGCUGUACGAGGCCAAGCCGAAGGACGUGACCCCUUUCCGGAUAGCCAACAGCCUCAUGUACGCGCGGACGUCCGCACGUGACAACACCGCCGAGCUGUUUGAACUGACCGAAAAGGUCGUUCCAAGCCAGGGGCUGACGAUCCAAGGCUUGGCGAUCCAAGGGCUGCCCGAUUUCUUGAAGACGGAGCCCGAUAAACAAAAGCUGGAGUACGAACCCACGAUAGAAGUGAAAACAAUUUCCCAGGCGCUCGAAGCGCUGCUGCUUCGGAUUUACGCUCGGUCGAAGGAUAUGGAGGCGGGGGCCUCGAAGACCAGUGGUAAGGCCUUCCACCUCCAUGACACAAAGCAGGCACAAGCGGGUGGGUCGUGCUGCUGA